AUGUCGGAAGACGUUAAGACCAAGGUUGGCCACGGCGUAGCCAAGGCCUUAGGCAUCAAAGUUGCCUACCGCGACCCCCUCGGAGCCACGUCCGACCCUGUCACCAGAGGUGAAUCGACUUUCUCGGUGGGAACGAUGGACACCUACUCCUACCUGGAGCCCGAACCUACCAGUUUCGAAUGGCUGAAAGAGCUGUGGCCUUCUUGGGCACAAUUUGCUAGUUAUAUCUACAGCCUGUUCCCAUUUCUUUCCUGGAUCACGCGGUAUAAUCUGCAGUGGUUAAUUGGAGAUCUGACUGCCGGCAUUACGGUCGGUGCUGUGGUUGUCCCGCAGGGUAUGGCGUAUGCCAAACUUGCAGAACUCGAAGUUCAAUUCGGUCUUUACUCGUCUUUCAUGGGUGUCUUGAUCUAUUGGUUCUUCGCCACGUCCAAGGAUAUCACCAUUGGUCCGGUCGCUGUGAUGUCCACGCUAGUCGGAGAGGUGGUUAUCGAAGCCCAGAAGAUAGACCCCGACAUCCCGGCGCAUUAUAUUGCAUCUGCCAUGGCCAUCAUUUGCGGUGGUAUCGUUUGCUUCAUGGGAUUGGCUCGUCUGGGAUUCAUCGUCGACUUUAUUCCCCUCCCCGCCAUCUCGGCCUUCAUGACCGGAUCCGCCAUCAACAUCUGUGCUGGCCAGGUCAAGGACAUGCUUGGCGAGUCGGCCGACUUUUCCACCAGAGGCGCGACUUACAUGGUUAUCAUCAACACCUUGAAGAAUCUUCCCUCGGCCGGUAUUGAUGCCGCCAUGGGUGUUAGUGCUUUGGCUAUGCUCUACAUUAUUCGCUCGGGUUGCAACUACGGUGCCAAGCGAUUCCCUCACCGCGCUAAGAUUUGGUUUUUCGCGUCCACCUUGCGGACGGUGUUUGUGAUCCUCUUUUACACCAUGAUCAGUGCCGCCGUGAAUUUGCAUCGCAGGGAUGAUCCGAUGUUCAAGCUUCUGGGCACCGUUCCUCGUGGUUUCCAAAACGCCGGUGUCCCCGUCGUGAACGCCCGGAUCAUCAAGACUUUUGCAAGCCAGCUUCCUGCGUCGGUCAUCGUUUUGCUCAUCGAGCACAUCGCCAUCUCGAAGUCCUUUGGCCGAGUCAACAACUACACCAUCGACCCCUCUCAGGAACUGGUAGCUAUUGGCGUGUCGAACCUCCUCGGGCCAUUCCUUGGUGGGUACCCGGCCACCGGAUCCUUCUCUCGGACUGCCAUCAAGUCUAAGGCCGGAGUCCGAACGCCACUUGCCGGUGUCAUUACCGCCGUCGUUGUUCUGCUCGCCAUCUAUGCCCUCCCGGCGAUGUUCUUUUACAUUCCUAAAGCCUCUCUCUCCGGUGUCAUCAUCCACGCCGUCGGUGACCUUAUUACUCCCCCGAACACCGUGUACCAAUUCUGGCGUGUUUCCCCGCUGGAUGCGAUCAUCUUCUUUAUCGGCGUCAUCGUGACCGUCUUUACGACCAUCGAGAUUGGCAUCUACUGCACGGUCUCGAUUGCCGCCGCCGUUCUUCUCUUCCGUGUGGCCAAGGCCCGUGGCCAGUUCCUUGGCCGCGUCACUAUCCACUCGGUGGUCGGCGACCACCUGUUGCAGGGUGAUGGAAAGUACGGCUCUCCGAAUGCGCCCAACGCCUCAACCCACGACGACGUAUCCCAGCGAAGCAUUUUCCUUCCGAUCAACCACACCGACGGGUCGAACCCCGAUGUCGAGGUGGAGCAGCCUUACCCGGGUAUCUUCAUCUAUCGGUUCUCGGAAGGAUUCAAUUACCCGAAUGCCAACCACUAUACCGACUAUCUCGUCGAUACCAUUUUCAAGCAGACUCGUCGCACCAACCCCUUCGCCUACGGCUCGCCCGGGGAUCGACCCUGGAACAACCCGGGCCCGCGCAAAGGAAAGUCCGAGCCCGACCGUUCGCACUUGCCCACUCUCCGCGCUGUCAUUCUCGAUUUCUCCUCUGUCAAUAAUGUGGACGUGACUUCGGUACAGAACCUCAUCGACGUCCGCAACCAGCUUGACCUCUACGCUUCCCCGCAGCCCGUGCAGUGGCACUUCGCUCACAUCAACAACCGCUGGACCAAGCGAGCCCUCGCAGCUGCCGGCUUCGGCUUCCCGACCCCGACUUCCGAAGACGGAUUCCACCGAUGGAAGCCGAUCUUCAGCGUGACCGAGAUCGAAGGAAGCUCGUCUGCCGCGGCCCAUGCAGAGAUGAUGACCAACGAGCACGCCUAUCAGGCCAGCCACAAGACCGGAGAUCUUGAGAAUGGCCUCAAGCACGAUCACCACACAACCGAGCGCGAGACUUACGGAAUCGAAGUGUCUUCCGACGGCAGCAGUGCCCAGGAUGACAAGCUGCAGCGCGAUCUCAAGGACAGCAAGGCGUACAGGAACCGACGCAAGGUGGCUUUGGUGCAGGGCAUCAACCGGCCAUUCUUCCACAUCGACUUGACCAGUGCUCUGCAGAGUGCCCUGGCCAAUUAUGGCGAGGAGGAGCCCAUCAAGCCGGCUCAAGAUGUAUAG